AUCCCUCGAGCCAGAAGACGUCGGUUGCUUCACAGAGUACGCCCUUUUCGAUACAAUCCGGCGGGAGACGUGCUGACAAGGCUUCCGAAUAUGUGAGACCUGAGCACGACUGCUUCUACAGCUGUCGAGCAGCAACGACAACCCACGCAUCGUAAAUAAUCCAACAAGAGUAGAGGGAAGGAGGCAAGAGGCCAGCAGGAGGUGCACUAUGUUUGUCGAGACGGUGUCGAGAACAGGCAAUGACAGACUGCCUGAUUGGGCGAUCUGCACGUGGCUGGACGAAGUUUGUCACUGGCGCGGAUGCUUGGACAGUUCGCAGCUUCUGCAGUGCAACCACCGACUGUGUCCUAUCCCUUCUCCCUCAAAAGUGCUCUUCGUGCACCCCCUCUUGUGCUAAAGCUGCACAUCUCAAGCCAUGGCUGAUUAGAACUCUUGAACCAAUAUGUGAUGCCGAGCCUGGUGCACUCGCUGAUUACAUCCUGGCUUUGCUGAAGCACAGCGCGCCAGAAACAGAAUUACGCAAGGAAUUGACCACGCAGCUGGAGGAGUUUCUCGAGAAAGAGUGCACCCCUUUCAUUGAUACACUAUUCACCGCCCUCCGGACAAAAUCCUAUCUUCCCUAUUCCGCCUCUUCUCCGCCACCACCCACAGGUGCUUCAACUAGCACCGGCUCCGCUGACGUUGGGAUCCCCAUACCUUUGGAUGCCCUACUAACGCCCACUGAAUCUGUCUCACCUGGAACUCGAAAGCGUGGUUUCGACUACGAUGAGGAGCUAAGACCUGCGAAAGGGCCACGACUGACCGGCGAUGGCCAGUUUUCCAGAUAUGGCCGGCCAGAUGGGCGACCAGGUUGGAAUGACAGGGGGGAACGGGGAAGUAGAAUGGGAUUGACUGGUCGUGCGGACUACAUGGAUGGAGGCAUGAACGGUGUGCAGAUGAACGGACGUGUGCCAUAUCGUCCAGACCAACGGCGAGGUAUAUGCCGCGAUUACCACAACAAUGGUUAUUGUGCACGAGGUGCAUUUUGCAAAUACAGUCACGGUGACGAUGCUGUUAUUCCCUCCCAGCUUUUCCCCAUGAAUGGAGCCAUGCCUGGUGGCUCAGUCCCUUUCGUCCCUAUGCCUCACGGCGGCAUGCAAUAUGGCAUGCAAGGUGGAACAGGUGGUGCCGCCUACGAUCCUCAUGAACGGAUAGAUAUGCGACCUAUGCCCGGUGGUAGCAUGGGUAUGGGCACCGGUCGACCACAUCACCCGCGAACGCCCCUCUUACCUCGGCAUGGAGAAGCCAGUACUGCGAUUGCACGAAAACCUGGCGAGCUGCCUCAUAUACAGGACCUUACGCCGGAAGUCCCACCCGAGGAUAGGAUGCAGCAAGAUUCUCAAGGCAGUGGUUAUGGAGCUGGGCCAGCCGGAAACGUUCCGAACCUUCCACCGAUCCCUACGAACGGUCUAUUGGCAAUGUCAAUGGGUGGUGAUGUUGAGAUGGCUGGACCGUCUGUGCCAACGCACCAUAUGGGUGGCUAUCGAGGGCCUAGAGGUGGUGGUAGAGGGACAUUCGGAGGCGACGCCAUUAACUUCCGUCCUGAACGACGGAACGACAAGACGUUGGUUGUGGAGAAGAUCCCGGAAGACAAGCUCAGUCUCGGAGCCGUAAACGAGUGGUUUAAGAAGUUCGGGACAGUCACUAACGUCGCGGUGGAUGCAGUAGGCGGAAAGGCCCUUGUCAGUUUCGCCAACCAUGAAGAAGCGCAUGCGGCUUGGAAGUCCGAAGAUGCUGUCUUUGGGAAUCGAUUCGUCAAAGUGUUCUGGCAUAGACCCAAGGAAGGUCAUGGACAACUGGGUGCUCGUAUGUUGGCAGCGUCCGCGCCGUUGGUGGCGAACUACGCCAAAGAACCAACCCCAUCUACAACAGCCCCUUCCGACGCGAACGGUUCUCCUGUACCCUCUGCUCCAGCACCUUCUCGUAAACCUUCGACUUCGUCUGCGGCCGCAUCAGCAUUGGCAGCCAAGCAGUUAUUGCUUGAGAAGCAAAUCGCUGAGCAGAAAGCCCUGAUGGCUAAGCUCGGGACUGCCAGUGCUGACGAGAAGAAGGAAAUCAUGGCUCGUCUGCGCAAAUUGAACGAGGAGAUGAAGCCUCCGCCAGCCACUGCAACUCCGAUCAAACCACAAUCGCCUGCUCCUCUUACUCCAUCGCCUGCACCGGCUCAAGGUUCGCGUGGAGGAACACCACGAGCGGAGGAACUGAAGAAGAGAGAACUUCUAGACAAGGAACUCGAACUUCAUAAUGCCGCGAACGGGGAAGCCGAAGAGACUACUGAAGAGCUCCAGGCAAAACUUGCGAAGCUCAAGGCAGAGGCGGCGAGUCUGGGUCUUCCAGAUGUGACAGUUGCUCAAGAGAUAACCCAUCAUGCAGCUGGUGCACCGUACCGACCAUAUCGAGGAAGGGGGAGAGGUGGACGGAGUUAUUAUCGUGGUGCUAUGCGCGGUGGUCCACCGAGACCUAGCAUGAAGUUGGAUAACCGUCCCAAGAAGCUUCUUGUCAAGGGUGCUAGUACCGCACAAGUCCAAGCGGUGCGGGAUUGGUAUGAGACUACUGGCCAAGUUGAAUCACUGGAUACUACGGAAGGCGGCGACAUCCUCGUUUCAUUCAAAUCUCGCGCCGCUGCGGAACAGGGUUUGGCUAAAGGCACCAGUAUCGCAACCGUCGGUCCCGUUCAGAUCUCUUGGUACACCGGGCAGCAACAGAGUGGCACCUCAUCUAUUCAGAAAACUCCUACACCAGGACCUAUCGAGCAACCGACCACUACUAAAGCUCCUGAGAGUGGGCCGACAGUUCCCCCUUCGUCGGAGACGACAGAAGAUGCACAUGUACAUCACACACAUGAGGAGGAACUGGCUAGAGGGUGGGGUGGGGAUGAUGGCGAAGAUGGAUUUGGAAUGCUAUAAUCGACCCUCAUAAUAUCCGUUCCUCUGAAUUUGUUUUUCAUCUUUGUGCUUCAAUUGCCGCCCAUUGUCACUGUAUACUGUUUUUGUCUUACUACAGUUCCAUUCCUUGCUCAAGCAUCAUCAAACCUCCGCUAACAAUACAGGAGGAAAAGAGCUUUUCACUGC